AUGGCGUUCAAAUUCAGUUGGGUUUCUCUGAUGAAAAUCUCGCUGUUUCUGUUGCUGAUUGGCGCAAUUGUGAUUGCUUGCUUCACUCUCCCGAUUGAAAAGGGUUUUGGUUUUGUAUUGGAGAAUUUGGGAGCACCAGUUUUUGGGUUUUUUUUGUUUUGCUCGUCUAACCAUUGUUAUUUUCUGAUAAUAAACAGCAUCACAAUCUAUUACUUUGCAAAGGAAGAAACCAACCGAAGAGUCGUUCCAUUAUUUCCCGAAACCUACGUUCCCAUAAAAGUCCCAUUCCGAAAAGGGCUUCACCAAGAAUUCAGACAGCCCUCGGGAACAGGCAUAGACUUCCGUUUUUUCCCAAUGGAAGAUCUUUCUCAUUCACCAUCAAGAUACGAGGUUUUUCCAAUCGUAGUAUCUGCAGAUACUUGCCCAACUCCAUAUAUAAUAGACGAAAGAAGCUAUCUUUUGUCACAUACAUUUCGACAGAUGCAAAUAACUCAGGUUAUUGUGGGGAAAAAUCACGAAGCACAGUUCACUGCUAAAGUAAUCAGGCAAUUACUGUGGACUGGCGAUGUUUGUUAUGAGCUUCGCGAGAUAUAUGGAUUAGGAAAAUCUGGCCCGGGAAAAGAUUGUGUGGUUUGCAUGACUGAACCGAAGGAUAUAGCUUUGCUCCCAUGCAGACAUAUGUGUAUGUGCAGCGGCUGUGCAAAGGCGCUGAGGCUUCAGUCGAACAAAUGCCCAAUCUGCCGAGAAACUAUUGAAGCGGUUCUGGAAAUCAAGAUUGAUACUAUGGACUUCAGUCACAAGCCUUAAUCAUUUUGGUAUAAUUUUCUGUUUUUCUUUUCUUCAUUCAACUGUCAAUAUUUGUCGUGGGUUUUUAUUUCGCCUCUUUCGUAGUCGAAUCCAGAUUUAUUAGACACUACUCAUCCAUAGAUAUC